CAACUGCGAAAGCGUCAAAGGUUUGUCUGCGGUUUUACCUGACGGAGAAAGAGGCUGCGCUCCGCUUCCCUCCCAUUUUUUCCUCCCCGGCACAGCGACGCGCCACCGCCGACCGCUCCGGUGGCGCCGGCGCCGCCUGCGUCGCGCUGCCGAUCCCCCCCACACACGGUUCUCCACCACCGCCGCCGCCGCCUCCUUCUCUCUGCGAUAUCGGUGAUCUGAUCCCGCCACCACGCAUCCAGAUCCGUCCCCCCGCCCCCCACCCCGCAGCGGGGAGUGGAUGGCGGCGACGGUGGAGGAACAGAUGGUGGUGAAGGCCAUCCGGGAGGAGUGCCCCUGGGAGUCGCUCCCCAAGCGCCUCCAGUCCUCGCUCCACACCAAGGAAGACUGGCACCGCAGGAUUGUGGAUUACUGCAUCCGAAAACGAUUACAAUGGAACACUUGUUUUGCCCGUAGAGUAUGCAAGGAAGGGGAGUACUACGAGGAAAUGAUGCGCUACCUUCGGAGGAAUCUUGCAUUAUACCCAUAUCACCUUGCAGACUAUAUUUGCCGAGUAUCGAGGAUCUCACCAUUUAGAUAUUAUUGUGACAUCUUGUUUGAAGCUAUGAAGAAUGAACAACCAUAUGACAGUAUUCCAAACUUCACUGCUGCUGAUGCCCUGAGGCUUACUGGCGUUGGAAGAAAUGAAUUUAUUGAUAUUAUGAACAAAUGCAGAUCAAAGAAACUAAUGUGGAAGCUGAACAAAUCAAUUGCAAAAGAAUUACUGCCUACACAGCCUGUUGAUUUCCCAAUCGAUCCUUGGUGGGGAGUUUGUCUUGUGAACUUCACAAUAGAAGAGUUUAAGAAACUUUCAGAAGAAGAGACUGCAACAAUAGACAAAAUAUGCAAAGAAGAAGCCAAUUCCUAUGUGCUGUUUGAUCCAAAAGUUAUAGAUGGUCUUUAUAAAAGGGGAUUGGUGUACUUUGAUGUACCUGUUUACCCUGAUGACCGCUUUAAAGUUUCAAGGCUCGAAGGCUUUGUUUCUAACAAGGAUCAAUCAUAUGAAGACCCAAUCGAAGAAUUACUUUAUGCUGUAUUUGUUGUGUCAAGCGCCAAUGCCACUGUAGCUGAAUUGGCUGCAACUCUACAAGCUGACCUUUAUCAGCUGCAGGCAGCUGCAUCGUUUGCUUGUAGACUGGGCUGGGCUGUAAAACUUUUGGAUGCUGACUCUCUACUUGAAGAGACACCUACAUUUCCCGGUAAUAUUCUGAGUGAUGAUGAAGAAGGUUCAAAUGCAAGCAUCAAUUCUGAAAAGUCUGGCCAACAGUUACUUAGUGUUGAUGCUGGACCAAGGAAAAUCUCUGGAACUGCCCAUGUAGGGUUGGUUGUGGAUGCGAAUGUUACGUCAUACUUGAUGAUGGGUUCAUUAUCCCCAGGUUUAAAAUCUCAUGCUGUCACACUAUAUGAAGCUGGAAAAUUAGGUGAUUCUUGCAUUGCGGAACUAUGCAGUGAUCUGGCUAGUCUAGAAGGGAAGAAGUUUGAGGGUGUGCUGGAGGAGUUUGCUAAUCAUGCAUUCAGUCUGCGAUGCUUCCUGGAGUGUUUACAAGCUGGUGGUGUUUCUACCAGUGGGAAUAUUGAUAAAGCUGGUGAAGCAAAGCUUCCAACAAGCUCCGUUACUACCCAUUUGACCAAGAUAAACAUUGAGGACACUGUGGAAGAUUGCCCUGAUGAACUGUCCCAGCGGAACCUCUCUGAUUUGAAUGGUAAUGAUGGGAAUAUGUUGAUGUCAUCAGCGACUUUAUCAGAAAGCGGAGAAGGCAUGGUGAGAAAUGAUGUCGAGGAUAGUGGGACUACCCAACUGGAUGGCUCAACUGAUAUCGAUGUGGUUAAGACUCAAAGAAAGUACAAAGUUGAUAUUCUCCGAUGUGAGAGCUUAGCUUCACUUCCACCAGCAACACUAGAACGGCUUUUUCUCCGGGACUAUGACAUCAUUGUUUCUAUGGUACCUCUUCCUUCUUCAUCAGUUCUUCCUGGUCCAUCAGGCCCAAUUCAUUUUGGUCCGCCUUCGUACUCUUCCAUGACACCUUGGAUGAAGCUAGUUUUGUAUACAGCAGGGAAUUGUGGACCAUUAUCUGCUAUUUUCAUGAAAGGACAACGUUUUAGAUUGCUUCCUGAACCAUUAGCUGGUUGUGAAAAGGCAUUGAUAUGGUCUUGGGAUAACUCUGUGGUAGGUGGACUAGGAGGGAAGUUUGAAGGGAACUUAGUCAAGGGCAACCUACUGUUGCAUUGCUUGAACUCGAUGCUUAAGCAAUCUGCUGUUCUGGUGCAACCACUUAGCAUGAAUGAUCUUAAUGCAUCAGGAAACCUCAUCACUGUGGAUAUCCCUUUGCCCCUGAAGAGUGAUGAUCAGUCCAUUGCAUCUGUGAUAGCUCAAACUAAUUUGCCGCAGGACCAGGUCUUAAAUUUGUCCUCUGUAUUAAAAGACUUGUCCAGUAAAUUUGAAUUGAGCACACUUGGUUACCUUCGUUUAUUAAGACUUCACAGGCAUACUGAAUCAGAAUCACACCUAGAAAAUGGAAGUUAUCAGUGGGUGCCUUUGAGCUUGGAGUUGGGAAUCCCCUUGUUCAGUCCAAAAUUAUGUGAGCGGAUUUGUGAAAGGGUGGUUGCAUCCUGUAUACUUCAAAAAGAGGAUCUCGCUGAACAUUAUGAUGUGAUGCAAACUGUAAGACGGCGGCUAAGAGAACUUUGUGGUGAAUAUCAGGCAACUGGUCCAGUUGCCAAGUUGUUCAACAAGCGAGGAAGCUCAAAAGAUUUGCCCCGUGUUUUAAUCAACAACAUCAGUGGAAGAUGGAAUCCAGUUAAUGAUCCUUUAGCACCAAAUGAACAUGAGAGGCUUAAACUUGCUGGGCGGCAGAGAUGCCGCACAGAAGUUGUGGGCUUUGAUGGGACCUUUAUCAGGUCAUACGCACUUGCUCCUGAGAACGAUGAGGCUGCCACCAAACCUAUAUCUGAAGAACAAUCAUCAACACACGACGGAAAACCAGACACAGAAGAUGCAGAUAGCAAGGAUGUGGUAUUACCAGGUGUAAACCUUAUAUUUGAUGGAGCUGAAUUGCAUCCAUUCGACAUCAGUGCUUGCCUUCAAGCACGUCAACCUCUAUGGCUGAUUGCUGAGGCAUCAGCGGCCUCGUCAACCGUGAUAUAAGUGUCCGUGUAGCCAUUAUCUAUUCAAAUAUCUGGGUUUACGUUGGUGCGUACAUAUCUGUUUCUUGCAAGGCGUGCAUCUCUAAAGGGAGAUAGAUACAUCAGUGAUCAGUCUGAGAACUCUUUUGCGGGAAGAUUUUGCUGUUCAAUAGGCUACUGUUUUGUUUUAUGCACUCCCAAAUGAUGCUUUCACAGGAUACAUCAGCUGGGAGUCUGGGGCAAUGCAUUGAUGAGGCUAUUUACAUGCACCAUAUAUUAGUGCACAUUCUCUUCUCGAACGAUGGUUUUUUUGGCCGAUCGGUUGUGGAAUUCUUUUAUGGGAGUGCUUUUAGACCUGAUGCUCAGAAGUGUUUACAAGUUCUUUUCUGUACAAGAUUGUGCGUGUUCAGUGUUGUAUAGUACUAUAGAUUCCCUGAUAUAGUACUAUAGAUUCCCUGAUAUAACUUUCCCAAUGGAAAUUCCAAUUAGAAUUUAUUGACUAGACAGAACGUGCUAAUAUAUACUCCAUAGUCGCUACGUAUAUUUCUAAUAUUUAAUGUACA